AUGUUUCAUCAAAAAUCUACAAUUAUUAUAAUAAACCAAUAUAUUUUAAUCAUUGGAAUUGUUUUAAUGGUUAACAAUCAAAUUAAUGGAUUAGCAAUACAUAAUGAUGGAUUACUUUUGAAAGAUUUAAAGUUUACAAGACCAUGUCCGGAAAAAAAUUAUCAAUUUCAUAAUGCUACUGGAAACUUUAUGUGCGUUGUACCAACAGCUAAAAAAUGUUUUGAAUUAUGUCAAGAAUUAGGUUGUAAUGAAUGGUAUUUUAUGAGUUUUGUACCAUCUGGUAGUGAAGAAAUUAAAAAAUAUCAUCGUUGUCGAUGUUUCCCAGAAUAUCAUAUGUGUUUUUAUAAUUCAGUACCAAGAAGAUAUCGUGAUUUUGAAUAA